AUGUCACUCUCACGCUUUGAGCGCAUUCUCGUUCUUACGUUUCGCAUGCGCUUUAAUUCAAAUUCUCACUGUGUACGACUUAAUUCUGCCCUUCAUGUUCCUUCUCUCGAAUUUACUCUUACUUUAUGGCAGCCUAUUGAUAAUAUUCAACAAAUAAGGGUUCUAUUUUUUAUAUACACGCUACUUUCACCCCUUAGGGCCUUCCCUUCUUCAGCCAUCAUCCCCCCCCUCUCUCUCACACACGCACACUACUUCAUACUCUCACACACGCACAAACACCAAAUUGAAGAGAUAUUCUGGUUGCUUCAGAUUGGAGAACUUCUUCAAGCUACGGAUAAAUUCUCUCCGGCCAAAGUGGUUGGUGAGGGGCGUUAUGGUUGUGUUUAUAAAGGGGUUCUGAAUUCUUUUGGAGAUGUUGCUGUUAAGGUACUCAAACUUCAACGCCGCGGAGCAAGCAAGAGUUUUGUUGCUGAAUGUGAAGCAUUAAGGAACACUCGCCACCGGAAUCUUGUCAAGAUCUUCACAGCUUACUCGGGAUGUGAUCACAAAGGCAAUGAAUUCAAAGCUUUGGUCUUUGACUUCAUGCCAAAUGGGAGUUUGGAGAGAUGGUUGCAUCCAAGUUCGUCUGUGCAGUUCAACUCAAGGAACUUGAAUCUAAUCCAGAGGCUAAACAUUGCCAUCGACGUGGCAUGUGCUUUGGAUUAUCUUCACAAUCGUUGCACACCACCAAUCAUUCAUUGUGAUCUAAAGCCAAAUAAUAUUCUUCUUGGCAAUGAGCUCUGUGCCCAUGUAGGUGAUUUCGGGCUUGCAAGGUUUCUUGAUUAUAUGCAAUCCAAUUCAUCAAUUGGGGUAAGAGGAACAAUUGGGUAUGUCGCGCCAGAAUAUGGUACGGGUGGGAAUGCUACAACACAAGGUGAUGUGUAUAGCUAUGGAAUCCUCUUACUAGAGAUGUUUACGCAGAAAAAGCCUACCGACAGCAUGUUUAUGGAUAACCUUAACCUCCAUAACUAUGUGAAGAUUGCUCUCCCGGAUCGAGUGAUGGAGGUUGUUGAUCCCCUACUCAUAUUGGAAGCGGAAUAUGAAUCAAACAGGACGGGCCAGAGUAGCAAAGGCAACCAGGGAAGAAUAGAGAAGUGCUUGGGAUUGAUCCUUCGGAUUGGAGUCGUAUGUUCAGCUGAAUUGCCAAGAGAAAGGAAGGGUAUAGGGGAUGUUCUCGCGCAACUGAAUGUAAUUAGAAAUUAUUUCUUGGCUUCGGAAUGAGAGAUGAUAUAGAGGUAUGAGAGAGAAUACACUGUUCAAGAUGAAACUUUAGCUCCAUAUGUAAAUUUUAGGGGAUGUACAGAAUUAUUUGAAGGACCAUAACUAUUGUUUUGCUCAUCCUAGUUUGUAUUAUGUGCAUAACUGUAUUUUAUGUAUUAAAGUCCAUGUAAAGUUUAAAAGACAGCUGAUGACAUUGAACACAUUUUGCUUAUAAAAAAUUGUAUCUUUUUUUUCUAUCAUGAAUUUUAUGACUUUGUUCAUGA